GGUCACUGUACAAGAUGACGAGGACAAACCAGAGAGCAGCCUCUGCCGCCGCGCGAAGCUUUCAAUGAGCUUUACCAAAAAUAUUGGCGCCCAUAUGCUCGAUUUAGACGCUGGAUCGUUCAGAGUCGCGUUUCAAUCUCCGCAAAGAGUACAGCCUAAGAGGGUAAGCUCCGAUUGAAAUCCAACGCGACUUGGACAACGACCACGACGAUAACGACAACGAAGGCGUCCUUAUGUUUGGAAACACAUCUACCUGGGGGCAGCCUCAGCAGCAACCUCAACAAAAUCAACCGCAACAAGGGACUUCUGCGUUUGGCCAGCCAGCAAGCACUUCUGCCUUCGGAUCCGGGACUGGAGCUUUUGGUUCUGGAAGCGCUUUUGGCCAACCUGCUCAACCACAAGCCAACCCCAUGUUCGGCUCUACCGCUACACCGAGCACAGGCACUUCAGCAUUUGGGGCCUUUGGCUCAACGAACACUGCGAGUACGGGCUCGAGUGUGUUUGGUGCGCCGAAACCAGCGACAGGUUUCGGUGCGUUUGGUGGCGGAGGAACGGGCACCUCAGCAUUUGGCCAGACAGGUGGCGGAGCAUUUGGAUCUACCCCUGCGCCCACUACGGGCACUGGAACUGGCCUGUUUGGCUCUUCGACGAGUACUGGAGGUGCGUUUGGAGGUGGUGGAAGUAUCUUUGGCGGGGCCAAACCGGCUACUAGCACCUUUGGUGGCACAACAGCCACAAAUCCUAAUGCCGGUCCCUAUGACGGGGUAGCUCCCAUAACCACAGGAACAGCAAAUCCACCAUAUGCCGUGUUCGACGAGAAGGACCCCUCAACGGGCGCUGUACUUCAUUAUCAGAGCAUAACAUGCGCACCCGCGUAUCGGGGCAUGUCCUUUGAGGAGUUGCGAAUGCAAGACUAUGCACAAGGUAGGAAGACGGCAGGCGCAUUCGGCCAAACUGCAUUCGGUGCACCUGCACAGCAGCCACAGCAAACGACGAGUAUCUUUGGCCAACCCUCCACUACCACUGCUCAGCCGUCGACGUCCGUCUUUGGUGGUGGUGGUGGCGGCGGCGCCUUUGGCGGUACUGCGCCUGCCACCACCGGUGCCUUUGGUACAUUCGGUCAGCCUGCAAGCCAGCCACAGACCACCACAGGUACAGGUGCAUUCGGUGCAUUCGGUCAGCAGCCUCAACCGCAACAACAGCAACAACAGCCAAGCGCUUUCGGUACAUUUGGCCAAGCGCCACAACAGCAACAACCUGCUACUGGUGGAGGCCUGUUUGGUACCUCUGGUGCUUUUGGGCAAACUCAACAAAAGCCUGCAUUUGGCGCAUUUGGAGGCACAGGUGGUACCGGCGCGUUUGGUGGUACUGGUGCAUUCGGUCAGCAACAACCAACGACUGGUACUGGCACUGGUCUGUUUGGGCAGACCACUCAACAGCCUGCGCAGCAGCCUAGCGCAUUUGGUGCUUUCGGUGGCACUCAACCGAAGCCCUCGAUCUUUGGCACCCAGCCAUCUACCACAACUACAGGCUUUGGCGCGUUUGGUGCACAACCGCAACAACCUCAGCAGCAGCAAGGCACACAACCUAGUGGUGGCUUGUUCGGUGGCGGCGGCGGUCUGUUCGGACAACCGCAACAACAACAACAACAACAACCGCAACAGCAGCCGGCUCAGACUGGUGGAUUGUUCGGCGCGCAACCAGCCCAGGCGCAGCCGGCUGGAACCGGUCUGUUCGGUGGAGGCGGGUUGUUUGGUGGCGCUCAAGCUCAACAGCAGCAGGCUCAGCAACAGCCGGCACAGACUGGCGCAUUUGGUGGUGGAGGUCUGUUCGGUGCGAAGCCCGCCGCGCCUGCUGCUCCUGCUGGCGGGGGACUCUUUGGUGGUGGGUUCGGACAGACUGCCGCCGGUACAACGACACAACCAUCGACAGGUUUGUUUGGUUCAACACUUGGUCAGCCAACGGCGACCCAACCAACGACGGGUGCCUUCGGUGGCGGUCUGUUCGGCAAGCCGGCUGGUACCCUCGGUGCUCAACCGUCAACUCAGGCUGGUACGGGUGCGUUCGGCGGAGGCUCAAUCUUCGGCGGCACAUUCGGAGCCCCAACUGCUCCUGCUGCAGCUCAACAAGGCUUGACCGCGUCCAUCGCUCAGCCUAUUGGUGCAAAUCUUCCGAUCUUUAGCAUGCUCCCGCCUGGCCCUCGGGCCGUGACGCUCGAUCAGCUGCCAAAGAAGAAGCCUGCAUUCUUCACUGAAAUGCCUACUCGCUCACCAGUGCCCAGAAUUCAGCUGAACUAUCAGCCUCCUGUGUCACAACUGCGUGGCUUCACUACUUCGACUGCUGGUCCAACUGGACCUGGUCUUUUGGCUGCAGGCAAGCCUCAUGCUCUGUCGUUGAGCAAGGCCGGCAAGACUCUUGGACCUGAGGCAUUCCUGAAUGGUACUGUGUCCAGCCCUGGACUUGGUAGUGGCGGCCGACGGAGCGUCAAAAAGCUCAUCCUCGACAAGAAAGUCGAGCCUUCCGAUCUCUUUGCUAAGAGCGGGAUCUCUCCGACGUCUAAGGUCACAUUCAAUGCUGCACUCAGCGUGGCUGCGCGAGAGUUGGAAGCUGCUACUACAUCGCCGACUCGACCUGCAGCGCCUACCACUCCAGCGAAGGAGACUCCACGAAGAACAAAUAGGUUUACUGCUGAGGCAGCAGAAUCUGUUGCCGGGUCGCCGACCAAGUCGACUUUGCCACUGGAGAAAGCGCAAGAACCGGUCGAGUUGCAAGAAGGCGAUUACUAUGUCAAGCCUGACCUUGAACUUCUCAAACGGGCGAGUUACGAAGAACUUUCCUCUUUCGAAGGAUUGGUCGUGGGCCGCGUAGGAUACGGCGAGAUCCACUUCCUAGAACCCGUUGAUCUGACUGGCCUCCCCAAGCUUGGUGCAUUAUUGGGAGAGUUGGUCAGGUUCGAUGACAAGGAAUGUAGCGUGUACCCGGAUUGUGAAGAUGUGGAUAAACCACCCCCCGGUUCAGGCUUGAACGUUCGUGCUCGUAUCAUCCUUGUGAGGUGCUGGGCCCUGGACAAGGCUACUCGUGAACCGAUCAAGGAUGAGAAGCAUCCUCUGGUGAUGAAACACACCAAACGAUUGAAGCAUAUGAAGGAUACCCACUUUGAGAGCUUCGAUAUUGAGGAGGGCAAAUGGACUUUCACGGUCGAGCAUUUCUAACGAGCUUUACGAAUCUGUCUGGUAAUUAUCAUGGCGGGCUCAUGAUCUCUUAUGUUUCUCUGUUGGGUCUGCACUUAUGUUUCUUUAUCAUUCUUUUUACGUUGUCUAUCUUCCGCUUGCAUCCACUUUGCUAUCACCAUCCCACCCUUUCUCGCUGCCCAUCGAUCACUCGUCUUGUCUGUAAUUACCGUAGUGUAGUCUUCUUGCCAAUAUAUCAACUCACUGUAGCAUUACUUGACGAUGCUCAGCUUAUAUGUCUGACUGAGGCCAAUAAACAACUAGGUCCAUCAAGCCAGUGGAA